UUUUAUGUCAUGCCGAAAUUUCUGCCGGAACUGACAUCUUUCAUAGCUAAAAAUCUGAUGAUGAGAUCUCGAGCCCGUAAAACCUCCAUUAAAUUCAUUCCAAACUUCUUGACUAAUUUUGCAGUUUUACAAUGACUUCCACUGACAAUGAUUUCAGCGGGAGUACGGCGCCUCUCAUUCUUUAGCUUCGUCCCUGCAACCACCGACCAUGCUCCCACGAGCCUUCAAGCUUUUACCGAUUACAAGAAUCGCAACAGAAGCUCCACUAUUCCGCUUAUUCUCCACCGAACAUCUGCUACCAUUAUCACCAUUCGAGACAAACACCAAGCUUACCCAUCUCGUUAAAGCGAACCGUCUUACAGACGCACGUCAACUGUUCGAUCAAAUGCAUCACAGAGACGCGAUCUCCUGGACCAUCAUCAUCUCCGGCUACAUCGCCGCCUCCCACCAUAACGAAGCCAUUUCCCUCUUCUACUUCUUCCUCACAGACUCAUCCCUCUCCCCCGACUCGUUCAUCCUUAGCCUCGCCCUUAAAGCCUGCGCCUUAACUCCAUCCCUUCAUCCCCACGGCCAUGCCAUCCAGGCCCUCACCUUGAAGUCCGGCGCAGUACAUUCUGUCUUCGUCGGUUCCUCCCUCCUCGACUUCCACUCACGAGCAAGUCCUAACGAUCCCUCCGCCGCACUCAAGGUGUUCCAUGAAAUGCGCCAACGUAACGUCGUUACCUGGACAUCAGCCAUCGCAGCUCUAGUCCAUGCAGGGAAAUGCCGUGAUGCUCUCCUCCUCUUUGCAGACAUGCCGGUGCCCUACGACUCUCACACCUACGCCAUUGCCCUCAAGGCAUGCGCGGAUGCUGGUUUUAUACUCACUGGUCGUGAAAUCCACGCUGGAGCUUUGAAAGAUGGUCACUCGAAAACCUCCUUCGUCGCCAACGCCCUCGUCACGCUCUACUCCAAGUCCCACUACCUCUACCCCGCCCUCACUAUCUUCAAAUCAAUGCAAACACGAGACGUAGCCUCAUGGACAACCCUGAUUUCCACCUACACCCAAACCGGCCGCCCCUCCGACGCCAUCCCCUCCGACGCCAUCGCUGCCUUCCACUGCCUCCUCGCCCAUCCAAAAGAUGGAACACCCAACGACUACACUUAUGCUGCCACAAUCUCCGCCUGCUCAACGCUCGGGAAUGCCCCACUUGGCGCACAGAUCCACGCCCACGCCGCUCGGAGCGGAUUCUCUUCCGCCUCUUCCGUCUCCAACGCACUCGUCACAAUGUACGCUCGCGCGGGACUGCUCCCCGCAGCGUUAGCCGCGUUUCGAGAAACAGCGGCCAAGGACCUCGUCUCCUGGAGCGCGGUGAUUGCCGCGCACGCGCAGGAAGGCUGCGCUGCAGAAUCAUUCGCGCUCUUCCAGGAGAUGCGUUGCCACGGCGGGGUCCCACCGACCGAAACCACGCUUGCCAGCCUCCUCAGUGUGUGCGCGUCUGCCGCCGUACUUGACGCCGGCCGGCAGACCCAUACCCUUGCGCUUACAGUUGGGCUUGAAUCUAAUCCUAUGGUCACUAGCGCGCUGAUCACAAUGUACGCCAAAUGUGGCGGUAUAGACCAGGCCACGGCCGUGUUCGCCAGCCUGCAGCCCUCGGACACGAUCUCAUGGACGGCGAUGAUCAACGGCUAUGCGGAGCACGGACGAAGCCUAGAUGCGAUCCAACUGUUUGAUGAAAUGGACGAGAGGAAUGUAAAGCCGGAUAGCGUUACUUACCUGGGUGUUCUGACGGCGUGCAGCCAUUGCGGAAUGGUGGAGGAUGGAUUGAGGUACUUGGAUGCAAUGAGGAAAAAAGGGAUGGAGGCGGAGAAGGAGCAUUAUGGUUGUUUAGUGGACAUGCUAGGGAGGGCGGGAAGAUUGAAGGAUGCGGAAGGAAUAGUGGAGAGUAUACCUGCCGGGAUGGCGGACGAAGUGGCAUGGACGGCAUUGCUGCGAUCGUGCGAAGUGAAAGGGGAGGCAGUGGUGGGGAGGAAAGCAGCGGGGAGAGCAGCGGAGAUGGAUCCAGGGUGUGCAGGAGUGAGAGUGGUAAUGGCAAAUUUGUAUAGGUGGAGGGAGGCGGCGAGCGUGAGGAAAGAGAUGAGGGAGAAGGGCGUAAGGAAGGAGGUAGGAUGGUCUUGGGUUGCAGGAGGUGGGGGAGAGGUGCAGGUGUUUGUAGCGGCGGGGAGGGAGCAUCCGAGGGCAGAGGAGGUUUACGAAAUGAUUGGAUUGGUGAAUUUUGGGGCUCGGAUGGUUGGGACAGAAGUAGUUUUGGAGGGCUAGCGGAGGAGGAAUUCGUCUUUUUGAAUUUAUUGUAAAUUGAUUUCAAUUAUUGGAUUAAAUUCUGGAAAAAGAGAAAAAAAAGCUAUAUUCUCAUGUAUAUAU